CUGGUCGCUGGCAGGCCGCAGAAGGUACGUAGUUCGCACGGGUCCGCUAGGCCUGCGCGGUCACCCGUUCAAAACGGCUCGCCCGCCUCCCUAACUCCUCUGCCACCCUCUUUAAAAGCCAGUGGCGAGCUUCAAGAGAAAGUGCCGCGUGUGUACACUCACAUGCAUACAACCAUCUUUGGCAGAGCCGGCACGAGGCUGUCGGGGGAAACUCGGAUUAUAUGGAGAAGACUCCCGCCGCCCCAUGCGUGUGUAGGCACAAAACCUCCCUACAUACAUUUGCAUAGUGACAUUGUACGGUAA